AUGAUCCAUGUUUCGGCUUUUCGGAACGCCAUGUGGUCUAUCAUUGGUUGGUUGCCGUGGCUAUGUGGAGCGGCGGCAGCGGCUCCCGUGGGGUUGAUCCGAAAGCAUCCGCAGUCGCAUCUGUCCACGGCGCAGGGUGCUCUGCAGGGCUUGUGGGAAACUCAUGAUCGGGCUCCCACAGGGCACAAAUUCCAGCAUCUUCAUGGCUUUCAAGCGGCCUUCGAGGAGAUGAAGGCCAUAGAAAAGGCCGCCGAAGAAAGGGAAAGAUGGGAUGCGGUGAAGCAGCAAUUGGAGGAGGAGUGUGCCGCCGCUGGAGAGUCGUGCAAGAAGUCCAUUGGAUUGGUCAAGGAUCAGAACCCCGAGGACAAGGAAGCAAAGAUGGAGUACCUUUGUACGUCGCAAGCCCUCAGUUGCCUUUCGGCCAACAUGGGCAAAUGUGGCGCCUUUCAUGACGAAGUGACGGAGAUCCAAAAGCAGUGGCAAUGCGAAGCCAUGCGAUGUUCUGCUGCAGGCCCCAACUGCAGCACCGCAAUCACCUUCCUGGAAAUGGAUGAUUCCAAACUCACCGAUGAAACACGGCACAAGAAGUCGCGCUUUCUAUGCUCAAAAGAGGCCAGGCAGUGUUUGACCGACCACAAGGAUAUUUGCAAGACGGGCUUCGAUAUUGUGUCGACGGCCAUGGAGAUGGGCCACUGUGACAAGAUCCUGUGUUCAGAAAAGGGUGACGAUUGUCGAACGGCUGUGACAUUCCUGACACAGGAUCCCGUGAGCAACGUCACGGUGAAAGAGUCCAAAGAAAAGUGGUCCUACUUAUGUGGAGAUGCAGCAUUCCAUUGCUUGGAGAAGAACCUGGAGCAGUGCACUCGUUACUACAAUUCCCUGAAGUUGGCCUUUGCGGAGGGUCAUUGUAACUCUGCACGCUGUGCUGGUGAAGGUCCGGACUGCGCGAGAAUGGUGGACUAUUUGUCACAGCCCGACAAGUUCUACUAUGGAGAGGAGUUGAGAAACAAGACCAAAUUCCUUUGUGGUGAUAAGGGCAUCGCGUGUAUCAUGGAACACGGCACCUGUGCCGAAUUCCAAGAAGCUGCCAAGAAGGAGUAUAAAAGCUCGGCAUGUGGAAGAUCCGAGCAUGCACAGGUGGAGAUGCCGACUUUGCCCCCGGAUGGCCAGGUGGACGCGCGAACAGAUGCGGAACGCGCCUAUGCGAAGCAAAAAAUCAAGGAGAAGGAAGAGAAAGAAAAGAAGAUGCUAGUGACGGCCAAAGCGCAGGGAGAAAAUCCGAAAGCGAAGGUAGUAAAGUCAGGAGCAGAUGACAAAGAAGGUUCCACAUCAAAGGACCAGCGAGAGAGCGCUGGCGAGGGCAGCGAGGGCAGCGAGGCUGGGAGCAACAAGAAGCCUGCCAUGACAAAGGAAGAGAAGGAGAAGGCCGGCAAAAAGAUUUUCGCAGCCCUGGUGGUUGGUGUGGUUGCCAUCGGUGGCUUCAUUUAUUGGCGGAGGCGAAACUCCAAGAGUGCCUUGGCCAUGGAAUUUCUUGUGCCGCAGGAAGUGAAGGAACCAGCCCAACAGCUUCGCCCAAGUGGGAUUGCAUUGGAACUCCUCACUGACAUCCAGCUUAGGCCUAAGAAGCCGCUAAGACCCAAGCUGGAGAUGCUGCACAAAAUGAAGGAACAGGCCAAAUUCCGAACGCCGCUUCCGGUGCUCGCCUCCUGCGUCGCCUGCCGCGGCCGACCUCGGCGUAAAGCGCUGCCGGUGAGGCUGAAGACACAGCUGCAACGACGGCGCUUGGAACACGAAAUCAGUGAUGACCUGGUUGCCGCCUGGCUUUCCCUUGCCGACCCAAGCGCCGAAAUCGCGGAGUUCGACAACGGUUCCGAAAUUUCGGAGGCGAAGCCAGCCACGGAGAUGGCGUGGACAUUGAAGAAGAAGGACCCCAAGGCGUAUUUUUCGUACCUGGCGAAGCAUCCUGAGGUCUACGCAAAGCAGCAGGAAGACCGUGACCGUUGGAGGGAAGGACUGCCGCAGGUGCUAAUGGUGGCGGAAAAGCCCAGUGUGGCGCGUUUGGUCAGCGACUUUCUAUGUGGCACCCGGCCGCGCGAGCGCCGGGGCAUUGCAGUGGCCUGUCCAGUGCUGGAGUUUGUGGCCGUCUUCCCGCCCACCGGGCAGCGCAGCGUCAUCACGGUGACGUCGGUCAUUGGACACAUCUUCCAGUUGGAAUUUGAUGGAGAACACUCCUCAGACCUGGUGGAUCUGUACACAGCCCCCGUGGUCAAGGUCUUCACCGACUCCGCGCGCAAAGCGCGCUUGGCGGAGCAUCUGACGGACUUGGCCAAGGAUUCGGCGCAGCUUUGCCUGUGGCUGGAUGCAGACCGGGAAGGUGAGAACAUCGGCUUUGAGGUCAUCGCGCUCUGUAAGGAAUACUUCGAUGAGACAAAGAUCCAUCGUGCCAUUUUCUCGGCCCUCACAAAGGAUGAGGUGCGUGCUUCGUUUCAGGCGCUCGGCCGACCGAAUGCAGAUGUCGCGAGAGGAGUGGAUACACGACAAGAGCUGGACUUGCGCGUAGGAAUCGCCUUCAGUCGCCUGCUGACGCGGCACCUGCGGAACACUCCAGUGGCCACCGAGGGUCAGAAAGGCGGCCUCAAGCCGUCCAUCACCUACGGACCGUGCCAAACGCCAGCCUUGGGGUUCUGUGUGGCGCGACAGGAGGAGAUCGAUAGCUUUCAGCCGCAGAAGCUGUGGAGUCCAGUGCUGAAUGUGGAGGUUUCUGGGUGUCAGCUGCAAUUUGAAUGGGAGCACAGUGAAACGCAGGACCCGACUGCGGCUGAAGCCAUCCGCAAGGCCUUGCAGGGCACGACCUCAGCACCACUGGCGCUGUCCAUGAAGGAGGAGCCCUUGCCACGACCAGUGGGGUUGAACACAGUGUCGCUAUUGCGCGCCGCCAGCAAUGCCUUAAAUCUCGGGCCGAAGCAAACCAUGAAAGUGGCGGAGGAGCUGUAUUCCUCAGGUUUGAUCAGCUAUCCACGGACAGAAACCAGUCGCUACCACAGCACCUUCGACCCGCGCGCCUCGCUGCGGCCGCUGGCCGCCUCCGCGGCUGCGCCGUUGCUUUCAGCGGCGGCGGAGAAGGCGCUGAGGACCUGGAAAUCCACGGCGCAACGGCAGAGCUAUCGUGCCCGGGAUGUGGGAGACCACCCACCCAUCGUGCCACUGCGGUCACCGGAACGGGGUGAGAUCUAUGGGCAGCAGAAGCGAAUCUACGACUACGUGUGCCAACACUUCGUGGCGUCCUGGCUGAGUGAUGUGACGUUGCAACGCUAUGAGGCCACCUUGGAGGUCGCUGGUUUCCGGUUCCAGCUGUUGCUGCGUCAACGGAGAGAUCCCGAUCCGGGCUGGCUGCGGGCUAUGCCCUGGCGCAUCGGCGAGCUCUCCCUGGACCUCACCGGCCUGGAGCGCCUCACCGCGCUGCUGCGACGCCUGGACGGCCGCCCGGUCGCCUGGCGCCCGACGGCCGCGGCGCUGCGGCAGCGCUGGACGGAGGCGCCGAAGCCGUUGACGGAGGCGGAGCUGGUGGAGCUGAUGGACCAACAUGGCAUCGGCACCGAUGCUUCCAUCCCUCAGCACAUUCAGACCAUCCAGGAUCGUCGCUACGUCCAGCUGGUCGACGGCCAAGGGCAGCCCAUCGUUGCAACGCAUCGGGGUGGCCCCCAGGGCCCCAAGGGCCCCAAGGGCCAACGUGCACCGAAACGAGCACCGGGCAGAUUCUUGGUGCCCACUGCGAGAGGUCUAGCGUUGGUGAGAGGUCUCUCCACCUGCGACGCCACUCUCUGUGAGCCGGAAGUUCGCGCCCUCAUCGAGCGCGAGUGCGCCAUGGUCGCCACUGCCGAGCUGACAUCAGCGGAGGUCCUGCGGCGCAAUGUGGCGCUAUUCCAGGGGAAGUUUCAGCGCGUGGCUGGAGCCAUGAAUGAAGUGCGCAGCUUCUUCGAAACCGCGCCUAACGCCCAAAGCGGCGAAGCAAAGAACGCGGCGAAAGUCAUGGAUGAAUCAAAGGAUGAAGCCAAGCCGGAGGGUGGAGAAGAGGGGAAGGCAGCAGCUUCCACAGACGAAGUGAAAGUUGAGGAGCCGCAGCCAGAAACAGCCGAGCCGGCCGCGGCACCGGCUCCGGCACCGGCUCCGGCCGCUCCGAAGGCUGCUCCGAAGGCGGGUGAAACUGGCCCAGAGGAGCCCAGGGAAUACUGA